UUAAUUAAAAAAAAUUAAUUACCGCCCGUUAACGCGAUCAUUUUGACAGCUCUACUAAAAACAUAUUUUAUUAAAAGAGAGCAAUUGUGGCUUAUUAGAGCCUACAAGGCUUUAAGUCCGAGGUUCUCUUUAAGGAAUAAACCGUGCUGAAGACAGUCAUUAGCUGGCCAUUAUGCCAAAGUGAAGCUCCCACCCGUUGGAUCUCCUCUCACGUGUUAAUUUGUCUUUCAUUGGGUUCAAAUGAAGCCAAAUAUCGAUAUUCACCACUCGCACAGUCGUGAUUCCCAUCUAGCCCCGAGAAGCUCUAAAUGUUUGCUUAUGUUUCCUAUUUGGCAGAGGCGGCGAGGAAAAAAAAGGCAAAUAAAUCACAUGCUGUGAGUCUGGCCAGGCCUUCCACUGUGAGAAACUGAGACUAAAAAGCAGAACAAGAGUUGAGGAGUAAAGAGUUUUCAGAUGUGAGUCCAGCCCAGCUCGUUUUGGGUGUGCUCCUUUUCUUUUUUUAUUUGGGGGAGAAUGGAGAGGACAAUCUGCGUUGCCUCCACCCCUUCCAGAAGGCAGGACCGUCCCAGGGAAGCUCCAGUUGGAGACGGGAAGAGCUGCCGCCGAGGCGCGGGGGCCGUCGGGCUGAUCUGAGAGGAACAUCUGGCCCGUAGGCCAGACUCGCUCUCCGUUCAUCCAUCGGCUUUUACGCUGCGUCGCCGCCGCUUCCUGUUAUGCCUCGCUGCGCUUCGGCGUCUUCCUACAGGGUCGUCCGCGCGGAAGGAGUCGCCGUGAUUCAUUGAUUCUGACAUGAAGGGAGCGCUUGCUUUGAUUGGGGUCUUUCUCUCCUUUCUCUAUGAUGCUACCUUGGGAGACACGACUUCACAAAGUGCUUGUGGAGAGAGCACCCUCAGCUGUAUGCUUUUCCACGCUUACUGCGACAGUGUUUACGGGGGAGCCACCAUGGACUGCCUGUACACACUCUUGGACCAGAUGUGCCUUUGCAACUUCGAAGUCUCCAUGGCGGCAAUGAAUGCCACCGACUGGUGUGCUUGGAGCAACGUGAGUGGGUUGUACAGCAGCUUAAGUCAUUGCACUGAGAACAUCUCCGACUGCCUGAGCAUCCCAUGGCCCAACACUUUGGUGGAGCAGACCUUUGUGGACAUCCAUCAAAGGUUUUUCAAGGACUGCCCCAUGGAAGAGCUCAGCGACCCGGCGCCGCCCAUAGUCUUCGCUCUGGUCAUCACCCCCAUCCUACUCAUCCCUGUCAUGGUCAGUCUAGUGGUCCUCAAGACCAAGAAUGGAGACGGAAGCUCCUGAUCUUUGCAAUAUUAGCGAGGGAUAAAUAUCGGGUUUUGUUGGGACGAAAUGUUAAUAUGUGAAUACCACAGGAUUCCAUAGAAGAAAGGACCUGGAACUCUUCAAUAAAAAUGUUCCCAAUGGCUUAUAGUUAUCCACACAUGCGGUUGAGUCCAGUUGACGCUGGAAGGACUCCUUUCGAAACGAUUUGACGGUUUACGCUUUUUCAUUACGGACUUGUUUAGCUUGUCUUCCCCGCCCAUUCAUACAAUAUGAUGGGAUUACUCUUUCAAGUGUUAGCGACGUAGCUAUUUGCAUAGCUAAAACUUCUUGAUACAGUGGUACCUCUACUUACGAAAUUAAUUCUGGAAAUAGUCUGGUUACCUGAAAAUUCCGUAAAUUGUGAAGUGUUUUCCAUGUAAAUGUCCCUAAUCUGUUCUAAGCACUACUGAAACGUCACAUUAAAAUUUUAUAAUCGAGAUAAAACCAGGAUAAAACAACUAACACAUUUGAAUCAAUCCAUAUACCUAACCUAACAUUUUUAAUAGCUGAAAUGAAGUAGAUGAUAGAACAUAAUGCAAAGGAAAAAAGAAAAAAAAAGAAUUACCUUCCCUUUCGAGUGAGGCGCUGUCUCUUUCACGAGAUCGAAAAUGGCGUUAGCAUUUCCUUUUCGUUAAUCCAGAGAAGUCUCUCCAUCUCAUCAUGAAACUGACUCCUCUUGCAUUAAAGGAUAGCCAGGCUCUUCGAAGGUGUUACGGCAUUGAUGCCGGCCGUCCUUCUCUUUCAGAAUGGUGCCUCUUUCACUCUUCGUGACCUAAAAAUGCAGGAGCCCAGUGUUGUUUUUGUCAGUCCUUUUAUUUUUCGUCUUAGUCUUUUGGACGAUAUUACUUACUACCAUAAUUUAUGACUAUAAGGCGCACCUGACUAUAAGCCGCCACCCACCAAAUUUGACUCGCCAUUUGUUCAUAGAUAAGCCACACUGGACUAUAAACCGCAGCUGUCCUCACUGUAUUAAGCAAUAUUCACACCAAAAGAUAUUAACCGGUAACACUACAUUUGAUAGCGGCAACCAAAUGAACCACAAUGAAGCAUUGAACCAAUUGGCUGCAAAGCUUCAUUGCUUCAAAAAGCUUUGUUAGGCCAUCACUGCUGCCUUUACUACCAUAAUUUAUGACAAUAAGGCGCACCUGACCAUAAGCCGCCACCCACCAAAUUUGACUCAACAUUUGUUCAUAGAUAAGCCACGCUGGACUAUAAACCGCAGCUGUCCUCACUGUAUUAUGCAAUAUUCACACCAAUAGAUAUGAACCGGUAACACUAGAUUUGAUAGCUGCAACCAAAUGAACCACCAUGAAGCUUUGAACCAAUUGGCUGCAAAGCGUCAUUGCUUCAAGAAGCUUCGUUAGGCCAUCACUGCUCCCUUGGGGAAGACAGUCAAGCUCUGCUGCAACCUGCUGUCAACACUAUUGUCGUCCAAAAUGACUCUUAACAUGCAUUGCAGUGCGACAGAUGUAAAUAACAAUCAAAAUUCAUGAUCUGUAAUGGAGAGUAGUUAUACAGCGCAUUUAUCUAUAUUGCUACAAUGUCCAAAGCGCUUUACAUUAGCACACAUUUACCCUUUCUCACACACACACAUUCACACACUAAUGGUGCUGCUGCCAUGCAAGGCGCUGCCAACCCAUUGGGGGCAAAUUAGGGUUCAGUGCCUUGCCCAAGGGCAUUUCGACAGUCGUAGCCGGGAAUCAAACCUCUGACCCUUCGGUCCCAGGACAACGCGAGCUACGAACUGCGACACGGCUGCCCCUCUCUUUGUUAAUUACUUCUUCAGUUACUGUUCCAGGUGUUUAGUUGAUUGCUAGUUAUGGUAUUUGGUAACACUUUAUUUGACAGUGGUGCCAUAAGCCUGUCAUAAAACCAUCAUAAUUAUGACAUGACACUGCCAUAAACAUUAAUGAAUGCUUAUGACAGAUGUCAUUUUUUUGUAAUCCGGCAUACUAUUUAACUUUUGAAUGGAUGUCAAGAUCUGAGCAGGACAUGAAUGGAGUAAGUGACAUAAUUCAUAAUGUCAUAAUUAUGACCAUCUUAUGGCAGUCUUAUGACACCGCUCUCAAAGAAAGUGUUAGCCAUUAACCUAAAUAAAUCAACAAAUAAGCCAAGCCGCACUGGACUGUAAGCCGCAGGAUUCAAAAUGAGGGAAAAGAGUAGCAGUUUAUAGUCCGAAAAAUACGGUCGUCUUAGUCAUAUUUUAGUCAUCCCAAAAUGUGUUUGUUUUUGUUGACCUUUACCAAAAAUGUUUUCGUCUGUAAAAUAAAUUUAAAAAAAUACUCCAAAAAUGAAUAAAUUAAGGUUUCAAACUAUUUCGAAUGAACAUCGACAGACGAACACAAAUUGUGGCGUCUAUAUUACAAGGACAAAGCCAAGUUUGAGAUAAUAAUACACACUUAGCAGGAAAACAGUACAUUCGCGAAGGUGAAUGCUAUGCUAACACUAAAAGUUGAACUGAAUGUAAAAAAAAGUUCGCUCGCCAUUAGCAUUAGCCUAUUGCUAACGCGAACGCUACAAGUUACAUUUCGUGUGUGGUGAUCAUUCAGCACAGACCUUUGAAGGCUAAAACAACAUUGCAUAUUCUCUCUGCCCAAGAUAAGAAAACAAAUCUUACCGUGUGUGCGUGAGUGCAAGCCCGGAGACUGGAGAGCAGCAGCCCAUCACAUGAUUGACACAACCAGACAGUGCUUUGAAGCAGGCUAACUACUAGAGGUGGGAAUCUUUGGGCACCUAACGAUUCAAUUAUAAUUACGAUUCAGAGGCUCCGAUUUGAUUAGAAAUUGAUUAUUGAUGCACCACAACCCCCCCGCUUUUAUUUUUUUGUACACUAGUUCCAAAAUUGUUCAAAAAUUCUCUCAAGCUAAACAAACUACUAUUUCAGUAUCAAGUUAACCGUUAAAAACAGUAAAUAAAAUACUCAAUUCCCCAUUCUGCAUCGGCAGCUCUAAACUACAUUUAAUUAAUUUAAUGUUGUGAAUCAGCCGUUAAAGUUGUUAAAAUUGCUCCCGUUAUUCCAUAAUUUCCCUUAUGUCUACCUUCGACGUGAAAGUUUUAAAACUGUUUCAUCAUUUAAAGAUAGAUUCAAGUCAAGAUUUUGCCAAUUUGUUUUUGUUUUUUUUUAAGAUAAAAAGUAAUUAGGUUCGCUACAACAGAGUCUUCUAGAAAGUCUACUGCUUUAAGAUGGCGCCUGUUUACUAGCGCGGGAAAGUCUGUCAUUUCGCAUCUAGUUUUUGGUAUAUGAUCUAACAGGGCCGUCGUCUGUCAUUUCACAUCUAGCAUCUAGUUCUAGAUACAGUAUAUGUGAUAUCUACCAUAGCCGUAUGUUGCCGUAUGUACAGUGGGGAGAACAAGUAUUUGAUACACUGCCAAAGGGAAAACCCAUUGGCAGAGUAUCAAAUACUUGUUCUCCCCACUGUAUGUAGCAACUAGCAACUGGGCGCUGUUUGUAGCGGCUGACGGCUGCAGUCAGGUAUUAUUGUUUUUUUUUUUUUUAUCUAGCAGCAUGAGUUGAACAUGAUAUUUACUCUCGAUCCGUUCCUCUUUGCGUCCUGAAGACCGCGCUGACUGUGUUUUAUUUCCGCUUUAUCUGGUGUAAUUCAGUAUCGGAAUUUGGAUGUUUGUGAAUCGUUCUCUAAUCUUCCACGGCCGAAUCGCGAAUAAUCUAAGAAUCGGAAAUUUUGCACGCCUCUACUAACUACAUAUAAAAUGUCACACAUUGUGAACAUGUGACGGAAACUAUUGCGCAUUUCCGUCUCGUUCUCGUCUCAUCUCAUCAGAUGAUAACUGGCAUUCGUUUCGUUAUGUCUCACCAUACACGUUUUUAGCUCAAUAUCGUCUCGUCAUCCUCAUGAAAAAAUUGUUCGUUGACGAAAUAUUUUCGUUAUAGUCAUCGUUGACGAAAACAACACUAGAGGAGACCCGUGCUGUACUGUCCUACUCAUGUAGUGAACCGUGUGCGGGCUUACAAAAAAGCGAGGAGACUUGUGCUCUUUUGGCGAAGACGUCGACCCACUAUAACAACAACAACAACACCACUGCGCCUGUGCACACCAUCAUACUGCGACACCCAAAUUUGAAACGUCAUAAAUGAUAGGCCAGUAGGAGAGCAGAAUUGUGUUACUGAAGCAUGAUGGGAAAGAUCAUGACCAACAGGGCAGCAGAAUUUAAUGGUGUGACAUUUAAAAGCAGAAAGCAGGAAGUACAUAAGUAUCUUUUACAGUCCUGUAUAGUAUUUUUGCCUUUCGUAACAUGAAUUUUUUUUCUUAACAAGAGGUAAUAUUUUUCCGUUGGGGUGUGUUGUAACCUGAAACUUCCGUUUGUAGAGAUGUUUGUAAAUAGAGGUACAACUGUAUACAUGGCUUCUUGUUACAAAAAACACUUAGUGGCCUUCAGUGCAGAACUGGAAUUUUUUUUUUUAUAACAAGACCUUUUUGGAUGGGUCGCACUUUAUUCAUUGGCUGACAUUAAUGGCAAUAGGCAUCCAAAUGGACUGGAAACAUGAACAGUGGAUUGGACAUAUGUUAAAUUUAAUGGCAGGUAAUUUAAUUUGAAGCAAAUAAUGCAAAAAAAAACUAUGACAAAAGCUUAGGAGCUUGCAAAGUAGAUGUAGAUGUAUUUCAGUGGUCGGGCAGGAUGGAAUGGCAGAGGUGUUGGAACAUUAGGAGGAGCCUUCUUUCCUGCUAUUGUCUACUUUGAAAACACAAUAUUUCCUCCCAUAUCAUCCUCAGGAGAGUUGAUUUAUAUUUGACUUUAUUUUAGUGACAGGAAGCUUAAGAUAUUAAUAAUGUUUCGCCUUUUUGGAGUGACGAGAAAAAGCUCUUUAUAGGGCUUUCGGAUGUUCGCAGUUCUUAUUUAUGUUGUAUUUCGGUGUCAUUUUGUAGAAUCUAAGUGGAAAUGUAAUGUGUUAUCAUUAAAAACAUCUUAAACAUUCUCAUAUAA